AGCGGAAAGGUGGAAUAAACAAGUCGGGAGCAGGUUUUGUCAUAGAACAAAGUUCUCUAUUGAGGUAUCUUUUCUUCUCCCACAUGCCCACACAACCAAGGAAGAUCUCACAAGAAUAACACAAAUCUUCUUCUUUACAGGAAUUAGGAAAACAAGGGACGUGAUGAUGUCGCUGAGUGAUAAAGGCUCUGUCCAGACACAGACCAAGGUCCUGCCCCAGGACUCAUGGACGCAGGUCAGCUGUCCCUGCUGUGUGUCUGAGCAGGUGGAGCCCCUGGUCCUCAUCCAGCUGUCAGACAACGUCCAGCCUGUCACCAAGAGAUGGCUCAUCUCCCUGAUUGAAGCUUCAAAGAGACAUGGAGGAGCAGCAUUGCUGGCCCACCCUGGAGAGGAUGAGUGUGGGGAUGUGAUCGUGGUGUCUGCUCCUCGCUGCACCCUUCUCAGAGCCACGGAGGAUCUGGGUUUGUGUAAGAAAUACCGCAAUGAAGAGAUGGCUUCUUUCUCCUACCACGACAGAGACAACUUCACCAAUGUCGAUGACAUGCAGGAGUUCCUGACGCUAGCGGAGCGUCAGUACAUAGUCAAGAAUGAGCUGGACUCUCUACAGGCCCAGAAGAAGCAGAGAAUCCCUGGAGUCCCAGAGGCUCUGAGGGUCCUGGAGGCCUGGGAGAACAUCUGUCAGAAGCUGGUGAGGGCAGGAGUGAUAAAGGACAUCUUCCCUCUACAUGACCAGCAGAGACUGAAUGACGUCUGCAGAAGGUGGUACUCUAAGAAGCAGAUAUGGAGACAGCCUCUCGAUGCGAUCCAGUCAUACUUCGGAGGCACCAUGGCAUUUUACUUCAGCUUUCUGCAAUUCUAUACCUGGGCCCUGGUGCCCCCUGCCUUCCUGGGCCUGGUCCUGACCUUUCUGCUGCCUGGAGGUGGUGGGGUGGUGAAGGAGCAGGCCGUGGAGGGGGUGAUGGAGGAGGAAGAUUAUGGCCCAUCUGUCAGCGGUCACAUGGUACAGGCUGUAUUCAGCAUGCUGUGGUCCACGCUGUUCAUCGAGUUCUGGAAGCGCCGGAGCUCCUCCCUCUCCCACCGUUGGGGCACACGGCACCUGACCGAGCGUUUCGCCGAGCCCCGCCCCGGCUUCCAAGGCACCCUGGGGCUCAACCCUGUGACAGGCCGUCUGGAGCCCCUGUUCCCGGAGUGGCAGAGGCAGCUGCGUGUGGGCCUGGUGUCGUUGCCCCUAGUGGGGUUGUUCCUGGGACUGGUGGUGCUGGGGAUGACAGGUUUCUACCACGGAGAGGCCCUGGUACAGGGCUUCCAUCAGGACAGCGGCUCCCUGUUCUCUGGAGCUCUGCUCUACCUGCCCUCCAUGGCCCACACAGUCUACACCAACAUAUUAAAGACUGUGUACCACGCUGUGGCCAUGCAACUCACCAAGUGGGAAAACCACCGAGAGGAGUCCUCCUUCCAGAACCAUCAUAUCACCAAAGUCCUCCUGUUUACUUUCUUCAACAACUUUGCUGUGCUCUUCCACAUUGCCUUUUACAAACAGGACCUACCACUGCUACGCAAGAAGCUUGCCUCUCUGCUAAUUUUGAACCAGCUGGUGAACCAGUGUACAGAGGUGGUGGUGCCAUUUAUAGUCGACCGCUUCCUUAGUGCUGCCCAUAAGAAAGAGCAAGAAGACAACCUAGAGAUGGACAAACUCAGAGCCCAGAGAAGACUUCCCCCUUUUCCAGGCCUGUUUGCAGAGUACAUUGAGUUGCUGGUGAAGUUUGGAUAUUUGAGUCUGUUCUCCUGUGUGUACCCGCUCACCGCCGUCCUCCUGCUCCUCAACAAUGUCACAGAGAUCCCAGGGGAUGCCUACAAGAUUUGCAAACUGUUCCGCAAGCCAUUCUCUGCACCAGUGUCCAAUAUGGGGGUGUGGCAGACAGCGUUUGAGGUUCUGGGCUUUGUCUCAGUCAUGUCUAACUGCUGGCUGCUACUGCUGUCCCCUCGCGUCCAGGAGUUCUGUCUGGAGGGAGGGAUCAGCGGCAAGAACAUCAUACUCUUCGCCAUCCUGGUGGAGCAUGUCCUGAUCCUGGUCAAGAUAAUUCUAGCCUUUAUGAUACCAGCAGAGCCUGACUGGGUCAGAAUCAAGAGGGAAAAGAUCGAGUUUAACUCUAUGCAAGCUCUAGGGAAGCAGAAGCUAUGAAGCCCCUGUGGGAGAGUGAGUGUCCUGUUGCCCUUCAAGUGGUGGUCUGGACUAGGGGGCUCAUUAGAGUCAGCUGCCAUAACGAGGGCAGACAGGAGGAUAUAAAGACAUCUGUUUGGCCUGUGAGCCUAAACCCUGGAGCCAGCCAGUCUGAGAUGCUCUCUCAGUAUCUCCCUCUGGAGGACUCCCUCUCCAGGCAUAAAUACAGUUCAGAAAGGAAACCCCAGGUAUUCGUUUAACCAUUUAUUAGAGAAUAUGAACAAUACAAUACGUCUUGGCAAUAGGCUCUGCUCCGUCAGGGUAGCUCACUGUCAGAGCAAAGCGUCAAUACAUAACAAAAUAACUACACGCAGUGAGCACUGUUUACUAUACCAAUCCACCUGCAGGAAGGAAAACAGAACCAAACAGGUGGAGGUUUGGGUGGUGGAGGUUUUGGUGGUGGUGGAGGUUGGGGUGGUGGAGGUUGGGGUGGUGGUGUGUAGCAAGAAAAACAAAUGUAUACUACCAGUAGCAGCAAACGGCAGCAGAGGAUAGGUGAGCAGAACCUGGUCAGCUUAAAUAGACCGCCAUAUUAAGGUAGGAAGUGUUGUUAGCAUCUGGUUGGUGCAGUCUCAGCUGAUGCAGAAACUCAGGUUUAAAUUCUGAACCUGCUUUGCUUUAUAAGUCUCUCAUGUCAUGGAAGAUACAAGAGGCGGGGUCUGGGACUGACGGCAAACCAAAUGAAGAGCUAGGAGCGUUGUUAAUUGUGUUAAUGCAGUUUUGCAUCUUCAGCUUAAGGUGUCUGAGAUUUCUAAAAUACUGGGUAGCUUUGGACUUUGAGUGUGGCACAUAGAAUAGGUGAUCUAGUAUGUCUAUUUCUAUGUUGGUUCUAAUAUGGUUCCCAAUUAGAGGCAGCUGUUUAUUGUUGCCUCUGAUUGGGGAUCAUAUUUAUGUAGCUAUUUCCCCACCUGUGUUUUGUGGGAUAUUGAUUGAUUUUUAGUGUGUUUGGGCACUACGUCCUGACGGUCUUUGUAAGUUUUGUUAGUUUCACUUAAAUAAAUAUGUGGAACUAUACUCACGCUGCGCCUUGGUCCGCUCAUUUCCAAGAACGUGACAGAAUAUCCCAACAAACCAGGACCAAGCAGCGUGUUCACCAAGUAAAGGAGUUUUGGACAUGGGAAGAAGUGAUGGGUGGAUGCCGAAAUCCUUCCUUGGCGGCAGAUGGAAGGUAAUAAUUGAGGACAGCGACGAUGCCAGGGUUCGCGGCCUGGCGGUCGAGCCGAGGAAAGUGCCAGAGCCCGAAUGGCAAAUUCUGGAGGAGCGUGUCGUCAGACCACAGCCACAGAAACCCCAAGAUUUUUUUUUGGGGGGGCACAUGGAGCUGGUGGCUGAGCUGCGGGAAGAGCCAGAGACUGUCAGGGAAGCAAUGGAGAAGUUGGGAGAGAGAGAUGAGAGAGAUGUUGUGCAGGUGUGUUCUGCUCAACAUUCGACCAGAAGAUCCACUUAGCAGUCUGGUGAAACCUGUGUCGCCCUGAAGAGCGUGUCACCAGUCCGGUGCAACCUGUGCCGGCCCCACGCAUCAGGCCUCCAGUGCGUGUCCCCAGUCCGGUACGUCCUGUGCCUGCUCCUCGCACUCGCCCUGAAGUGCGUGUCCCCA